AAAUAUUUAAGCCGAUAAGGGCUUUAGGAAAAGCGUUUUAUUUAAUGGCAAAUGCAGCCUUAUUAAUAAUACGUGUACCAACUAUAAAUUAAAAUAUUUUUCGUCACAUAAAAUUUUAUUGUACAUCGUUGAAAUCUAUUUUAAAUUAUUGACAGAUUAUCGCUAAUAUCAAUUAAUAUAUUAAUUUGUGAAUUAUUUCGUAGUCCCUUCAUUAAUUACUAAAUGUAAAUACUGGUUGAUUGCUCGUAGAAAUUCAAUGCAUCAACUGGUGUUAAAUUUCUUACGCCUACGUCGUGUAAAGAAUUAAAUGUUAUAAUUUCCUGACCAAUGAGUUCCCCAAAUUAUCUAGACUGGUCGGUUCUUAUCCGUUUUCAUCGUGUUUAAUUUAGAUUUACUGAUUACUUUGUGAAAUGUUUAACAAGAAAGGUCGUUAACUGCUCGCAAUAAUAUUGAUAGCAAUUUCAAACUUCGGGUAAACAGGCGAGUUCGAUGACACGAGCGAUUUUUGAUCGAUGCAUAAUUUUACCUGGCUUAGUUAUACAAUAAGGAAACAUUAAAAAUCAGUAAACUUAAAGUAGGAAAUAAAUUUGAUUGACAAUUAUUUGUCGAGGCUGAAUCGCUCAAUUAAUAAGUGCGUUUCGUUCAUCACAGUUAUAACCUAUAUACACUCGUCCUGCUACGAUGCCUUUUAAGAAAGAUUUGAAGCUUCUGUUAAAGCCAUAUUAUUUAAUAAACAUUUUGCUUAGCCUUUCCUACAUCGUUUCAAAACGCAUUCCAGUUAUUUGUUAUUAUGCGUUCGCACAAUCAGAAUGUGAACUCGAUGGGAGAGAAACAGAGAUUUUAUUUUUCCUCAUGAUAGUCAUAAUGAUAAGGUCACGGAAAACUGGAAGCGUUACCAUGAUAAACUAUCUUUCAUCCAGUUUUGUAUAUACCAAAGUUGCUAAUUUACUCCUUUGGUUUUAUGCUGAUAUUCGCAUGGGAAUACUGUUUGCUAUUAUAUUCAUUCUGUGUGGAUUGUUGUUCCCUGAACCAACAUACCAAGGUCCAGAGAAUGUAAUUUACUUACACAGUGCAAAUGGAUUGCAGGAAGAACUGCAGCGUGACACAAGAGUUACUUGGCUGGUUGCAUUCUAUACAGCAUGGAAUCCAGCUUGUGUUAACUUUGCACCUAUAUUUUCUGAACUUUCUGCAGAAUUUGCUUUAGAGAAUUUGAAAUUUGGAAAAGUGGACAUUGGAAGAUUCCCUGAUGCAGGUACAAAGUAUCGUGUUAGCGAUGCCAGUACUAGCAAACAGCUUCCCACUAUAAUUUUAUUCAAAGAUGGUAAAGAAGUGGAUAGACGCCCAUAUGCAGAUCAUAAAGGCAAAGUGGUUAAAUUCUUGUUUUCAUUGGACAAUAUAAAAGCAGCAUUUGAUUUGAAUAAUCUUUAUAGAGAUUGUAAAAAGAAUCCAUUAAAGAAAAAGGAGAAGAAGUCAGUAAAGGCAGAGUGAUCGGAUUCAGGUUUUUAGAUAUUUGUUAAAUCGUUAUUGACUCCAUAGAAGAAUAACUUCUACUGUGUAGAACAAACAUUUAACAUACUACCGACUUGCGCAAAUUUUAAUUUAUACAAGAAUUCGAGUAUUUGUAAAUAUUUCAUUAUGUCUUUUACCAUCAUUCACGUUUCAUGCACCACAGUGUUCUAUUAGUAAAAAAAUGAGAAUGAUAAUAUAGGAAAAGACAAUUAUUUAUUAAAUGAUAAAUAUAGGCAAUCGAAUGUCAUCGACAUUAAAUGAUGUAAAACUGCCACAUGUUCAAUAUGAUUUACGUGAGUGGAAAGUUUCGCAUUAUAUUUAUCGAAAGUGACGUAUAGCUUUUAAUUACGUUACACACAGAUUCGUAAUAUACAACUCGUUGCGGUUUUCAUUGAAUAAACAUUGUUGAAUUGUACGCUUUUGUAAGGCUUUACUGUACACCGUGUGUCGUAUUAAAUUUUCAUAUAUUACAAAAUUCAGGCAUACGUGUAUAACACAUGACAAGCAUAAUUUAGAUAUACAAGUUAUCAUACAGGUGGCCAAAUGGCCGCAACUUCUCCAUGAGCCGAUUCCGGUAGCCAUUUCCGAUAGGCCGACAGGAGAACUAGAAUUAGUUAUAAUUAUUCUUCUAAAUAUCCUAAUCAUAUGUACCCACAUACGAGGAAACGUAUACUUACAAUAUCUAUCUGUUUCCCAAAUCUCUAAUAACUUUUCUUUCGACAUGAUUGCAUGGGACAGUAAAAGUUGGGAUAUUUCCUGCGUUCUUGGCACUAAUUUUGCCCAUGCCUUGUUGAUACUUUGUGGCGUUGAAAGUAGCGAAGGAACGAAUCGUUCCAAUUUGGGGCACACUUUCCCUUCCAAAAAGAAGCAUGCAAAAUGUUUCACCCCUUCUAUGGACAAGGGAUGUUCCAUGGUCAUCACUGGUAGUUUCCAACCGCCUUUUCCCACCGUUCCUGUUAUGCUGCACACGAUUUUCCCAGUCUCUGCAUCGUACCUUGGUGGUGGAUCAGUCAAGGGUUCCCCAAGUUGACAGAGGGUGGGAGCAAACUUAGGUAACCAUUCUGGUUCUAUAGCUGUGAUACCUCGCAUAUACAUUUUAUUCGUCUCAUAUAUUUCUUGGUAAACCACCCAUUCAGGGCUAGUCUUACGGAGAACACACGACGACAGCAUGAACACAGGAUCCUCCAUUUCCAAGGUUUUGUAAGCAUGCUUCCAUUUAUUUUUGUCUUGGUCUUCGUUCACUUCGUCUGGCAUUACUUUCCUCGCGACUUGAUUGACCAUACCAGCGAGUACUAAUUGUCUCAGUAAUUUGGCUUCGAUAUCAGUUGGUGGUUUCAUUUGUGGGUCAAUCGUUAGGUUUAAAUUCUGUACGUUUAAGUUAAUUUCAUUUGUGAGCUGCUGUCGAAGCUUUCUAAUCUCUACGAUUGCUUUAUGCCUUAAACCAUGCUCUUCGCAGAAUGGGAGAAGCUUGCCUUUAGUCCCAGCAUACUCUGCUGCUCCUACAGCUCUUAUCAAGACCAUUGGAUCGCCUGUAUAAAAUAUACUUAUUAGUAUCAGUGUUAGAGAUUUGAUAAACUAAGUAUGCAAUUAACACACCAAGGAGUAAACUAUUCCCUGCUCCAGCCCAAUGACGCCUCAUUUGUAGCCACUUGCUUUUGGUGGUUCUGUCUGAACCAAACGCCUCCACCAACACUUCUUGAACAGAUAACGCAGCAACCAUGCAUACAGUGUAUUGCAAGAGACUGUGUUGAUGGGACAGGGCCAACAUCUUUCCAUAACGGGGAGCAACCGGAAACGCGGCGAUACUAUGACCAAGAGGAGUAACUUUGGCACUGUAUGAACCUAGGCGAUAGUAACAUUAUUUAAAUAGCAGAUCGUCCACUGGUUUCCGUUGGAUUUCUGAUUGACUGAAUUGCUCAAAUUGAUCGUUGAAUAUUGCUGAAGAAUAUAACCUGGAAAGAGACAAUUGUCCAUGAAGAUUGAUACGAAUAAAAUUGCAUCAUUAAUGGAUACCUGUAGCAAUGGCCAGGACCAGUUCUACCAGCUCUCCCUGCACGCUGGUUUGCCGAUGCUUUGCUAGUGUAACAGAUUCUGUACGUACUCACACCUGUUACUUUAUCAUACAUUCUUGUUUUACAUCGUCCACAAUCUAUAACAUAUUUAAUAUUGGGUAUUGUGAGAGAUGUCUCAGCUACGUUUGUGGCUACUACGCAUAAACGGCAGCCUUCGGGGGGUGCUUCGAACACCUAAGAACAGACGGGUAUUAAUAUUUGUUUGUUUGUUCGUAUGCAUCAGUUUUUAAUUACCUUAGCUUGCUUAUGGCUUGGCAGUAGAGAAUAGAGAGGCAGGACCCACAGUGGUUGUGCAUUUGAACAAGCAUUCAAAUCGAUGACAUCAAAAUCCUCAUCCUCAUCCUCAUCUAAAUUUAAAUCUUCAUCUUCCUCACCUCCGAUUAAAUCUUCAUGCGUGUCAUCGGUAGGAAUCACAGCAUAACUGUUAAGUUACAAUUACUUUACACGAAACAUUGUUGAAAGAAUUUAUAGAAAGUUCUAUCUACAUACUCAUCCAAAUUAAUAUUUGGUAAUUGAAUUUGUUUUUUCUGUCUCAAUUUAUUGGAACGUAGAGUUUUCUUUGAAUAAAAUUCAUCUUCAGAGUCAUCAUUGUCACUAUUGCUCUGUGCAUUUUCUUUCCUCUCAUUAGACUCCUCUGUGUCCUGUACACUCUUCGAAUUUUUCUGAAGAUUUUUUUUAUUCUUUAUAGGAAAGGCUUUACGUAACUUUCUUGUUAUAAAAUUAACUUCCUGUUGUCCUGAAUUAUUGGUAUUGGGAUAUUUAUUAGAAAAGAAAAAUUAUAUAAUUCAUAAUUCCAAGGUACAUACCUGUUAAAAAUAUUAAGAUACCACCAUCUGGUAAACGGGUAUGUAUCUUUACUGCUUUUCGCAAAGCAUCAGCAACGUAAUUAACACUCGUUCUCCGAUUAAAAUGUAUUGUAACCGGAAACUGUCUGGAUUCCACUGUUAGUACUGGUGGUUUUAUUUUAAACAGUUUCUUAUUCUCUACAAAUUCUUCUACCCGCAAUGUGGCUGACAUUAUUAUCAGUUUCAGAGGAUUGUUCCUUUUAUUACGUAGCGGUACUAUUCGUGAUAGCAAACCUAUUAAUAUAUCAGUAUAUACACUUCGUUCGUGUGCCUCGUCUAAGAUGAUCACCGAGUAUUUCGUUAACAGAAAAUCCUGAAAAAUUAAGUGUCGUUAAGUUUUAGCAUUCAUGGUAAAUACAGUUAAGUAACAACUUACAGUUUGUAUUUCCUUUAAUAAAACACCAUCAGUCAUGAACUUAAUUUUUGUGUCUGGUGUAGCAUUUCCCUCAAAACGAAUCAAGUAUGAAACCUCCUUUUCUGUGAGAUUCAUUUCCUCAGACACACGUUUGCUCAUAGACAUAGCAGCAACUCUCCUAGGCUCAGUGACUCCAAUUAACUUUUCUCGAGCAUAACCAGCUUCAUAAAGAAAUUGUGGUACCUGAGUAGUCUUACCACUUCCUGUUUCACCAGUGAUUAUUACAACUGGAUUCUCAUUAAUAGCUUCCAUAAUAGCUUGUUCCUCUGCUACUACUGGUAAUUUUAAUCUAGCUGCUUGAAUCUCUGGCUUUCUCUGUAAUAUUA